AUGGCGGUCCUCUACAAUGUCGUAGACAUUUGGAAGUUCACCCUCUACUGGACUCUUAUUUUCAACGAGGCCUUCUACGGGAUCGCAGGUCUCUGCGCUAGCUACACCCACAGGCGGAACGCCUGCGGGCUAUGGCUCAUGGCCAUCUAUCUCUUCUACGGCGGUUUGCAAGCAGUAGCUGCAGGAACCGUCAUCGGGUUUCUCAUAGGCAGCAUCUACAGUGCCGGGCUCUUUGCGAUGUCCACCUGGAUUCCGCUCUUCUGUGCCAUAGUCCAGAUUAUGUACGACUUCUGCGCCAGCUGUUUCGGUUCUGGCACCGUAAUGUGA